AUGUAAAAUUCUGAGUCAAACAGGUCUCUCUAGCAGAGGGAUAACUCAGCCUCAUCAGCAGCAAAAUCAUCGACUAAUACUUCCCGCCCAAACAUCACUAAAAAGGUAGAUUCAGUUAAAAGAAGAUCAAAAACAAUAACAUCAAAAAAUUUAUAGUAGAAUAUAAACAAUUAAACACUGCCUAAAUAAAUUUCCAAUGAAAACAACAAAAAUAAAAAUGAAUUAGCUAAUUCUGAAAAAGAGAAUAUCCAGCCUAAUUUUCAAAAAUAGGCAUCCUUAAAAGAAUUAAAUGCUCUUAGCGCUUUGAAAAGAUUAUCAGAUUUUAAUGACUAUGAUGAUUUUUCAUAAAAUAUGUUAGAUGAGACCUUCAGAGGAAUCCAUGGAUGGAACACUAAUGAAGAUAUUAACUCCAACCCUGCAAGCUAAAGAGUUUUGAAAGAAAAGGCCGUGGUUAUAAAUAAAAGAGCAAAUUUAAUCAAAAAAGAGAAAGCAUAAAUCUAAAAUGUUUCACAUAACAACAAUCCAUUUAAAAAUGUUCUACAAAACUUGUGCAACAAUAUUAAUAAUUAUGAAAAAAAAGCAACUUAGCUUUAGAACAUGAAAGAAUCUCUCAUUGAAACAGACAAAGAAAAUAUCUUUGAAAAAGAAAAGGUAUUCUUGUAAAAUGGUGCGAAUAAAGGAUUCUCAAAUAUUGUUUAAGAUUUAAAAAAGCUAUAAGAAGAUUUAUAAUCUCCUGAAAAGGCUCGCAACAAUUCUGAAAGCUUAAAUAAUAAUGCUACAGGUUAUGUAAAACCACUAAAUUCAAAUUUACUCAAGCAGCAAAUUGAAAAGAAAGGGUUAGUAUUAAAACAAAAAAUUGAUAGUCUAAAUAUUUAGAGUCAAAGUAGAUAUUUAGGAAACAUUAAUAUUUAAACUCCUAAGGAAUAAUUCAAUCCAGAUUAUAAAAAUGUUUAGCAAUUAUUAAAAGUUACAAGCAAUGAAAAAUCAUUGAAAAUGAAAUUUAAUGAGGACUACUCUAUAAAUAUUUGUAGUAACAACAACAAUACUCAUACUGUUGCAGUACCAGAAAAAAGUUAAGAAGAGAGAGUCACAGUUUGCAGUUAAUAAACGAAUAACACUACAUAUUUAAAUACAUCAUCAUCUACUUAAGAAAUUGAAUGUGUUCAAAAUUAGUUGAAUUAACCUUACCUUCGUAGUAGAAUUGAAAGUUAUUCACAAGUAGUUGAUGAAAUAUCAAAAAAGAAGAAAAAUUAGGUAAUAAGAGUAGCUGAUACAGAAAAAUAUGAUAAGAGUUUUGUAUCAAACCCUUAAUAGAAUAAAAAUAGCUGUAAUACAAAUCCUGAUGUAAUUAAUAACACAUCUAUUACAGAAGCAGCACCUUCAUAAAAUUCUAAUCAUGCAGAAAAGAUCUCAAGCCCAGUUAUUAAUAGCUACUAAAUAAAGAAGAAAGUUGAUUUUAUGCAUCCAGAAAGUGAAAAUAGAAGAUCAAAAAGCAUAAAUGGUGCUACUAGUUAAUAACAUCAUUUCUUAAGUUACUAAAAUACUCUCUCAAGCUAAAACAAUAUAAAUAUGUUAUUAAAUUAAGGAAGUUGUAAUAGCACUAAUAACUAGACUAUGUACAAUGGAUAAUAGCUAUCAAGGCAUUAGCCUUCACUAAAAUAAAUAUCAAAAAGUAUACAAAUAAAUAAAAAUAACAGCACAGUCGAAAAGGAUAAAGAAAUAAUAUCCAAUUAGUAAUCUAAAACAAAUGUUAACAAUACACCUAAUUCAAUGUAAUUAAAUUCCUACAAUAAAUAAAAGGAUUUAGAUAUAAAUUCUAGAGUUUUCCCCCAUUUAAGUGAUAUUUAACAUGAAAAAAAGAGUUUUUAAUCUAGAUUAAGUGGAUUAGAUAAUGACUUGAAUCCCUAUAACAUUCAAGGAAAUGGCAAUAAUAUCUUCUAUCAACCUAAUCACAUUCCACUAACUCCAAUUUAAUUUAGUCAAUCUCUAUCUAGAAACAAUUAUAAUUAGAAAUUUUUGGUUAACUAAAAUCUUUCUGAUAAAACAAAUAAAAAUGAUUUAAGUUGUACCAAAUCUCUGAGCUAGAAUUCAUAAUAAUUAUUAUCUUAAAAUUCAAGCUCUCUAGACAAAAGGAAUAUCCCUGUCUAAACUCAAGGUGGAUUAUCAACUUUAGUUAUCUACACUAACUAAAAUAACUUAAAUGUGAGUAAUAUUCCAUCAGCAGUUUAGAAUUAUUCUCAGUAACCUGUCACUUCUCAAAACUAUUUUAAUGCAAUUUAAAAAAGGAUUAUUUAAGGAAAUAGCUAAAUUAGCUAAAUGAAUAACCCUUAAUGCCUUUUAAUUGGUAAUAAUCCUUAAAUUUGUGUUUAAGGAAGUGGUCCUAGCAGAAAUAAUAGCUCAAGCAAGUUAGUAUUACCUCCAAAACCACAAAGCAGUAAUAUUAAUAGUUCAGCUAAUUAGAUUUAACAACUCUCAAAUAAGAGUAAAUUACCAAAGCUAUUUAAAAAUAGUAAUAGAACCUUCAUGAAAAAAGUGAACAGUAGAAACGAAGAACUAAAAGGACUGCAAAUAUAAGCCUAAAAAGCAAUUAACAACUCUUUUACAUGA